AUGGCGAAGCCGGCGAGAUAUGAGUUUAAAACGCGCCCGGUCGCUCACACCGACGCCAUUGUCGCGGGCGACAAGUACCGCUUCACCAUCCUGACAGACGGCCUGCUGCGCUUCGAGUGGGCCGAGGACGGCGUCUUCGAGGACCGCGCCUCUACUUUCGCUAUCAAUCGCAAGCUCGCUGUUCCCGACUUUUACGUCUGGGACCGCGGCCAGGGCAUCGAGAUUGUGACCAAGCGCUUCCACGUCGUGUACGAUAAGAAGAAGUUCAGCGCAGAGGGCUUCAGGAUCACGCUCAAGGGCGCUGUGACGGGGUCGUGGUCGUACGCACAGAAGGUGUCGAAUCUGGGCGGGACGACGCGGACGCUUGAUGGCGUGAACGGGCGGGCAAACGUGGGACCGGGUGUCCUGUCAAGAGAGGGCAUUGCCGUGCUGGACGACUCCAAGUCCAUGCUGUUUGAGAAGAACGGCUGGAUCGCGGGACGCAGUGGUGGCGAGAGGAGUGACGAGUACAUCUUCAUGUAUGGUCGCGACUACCGCGAAGCUAUCCGGGCGUACUACGCGGUGUCGGGCAGCCAGCCACUCCUCCCGCGCUAUGCAAUGGGCAACUGGUGGAGCCGCUACCAUGCGUACGACGAGAAAGAGUACCUGGAGCUUCACGAUCACUUUGAGAAGGACGAUGUGCCUAUGAAUGUGGCCGUCGUCGAUAUGGACUGGCAUCUCGUCUGGGAUCUGCCCGACAACAUCAACGGCUGGACCGGAUACACGUGGAACAAGAAACUCUUCCCCGACCCGGAUGCGUUUAUGAAGAAGCUGCACGAUCGCGGGAUGAAGUUGACGCUCAACCUGCACCCGGCAGACGGCAUCAGACACCACGAGGACCAGUACGCAGAGGUGGCGAAAUACAUGGGCGUGGACCCGAAGUCGCAGCAGGCGAUCCCGUUCGACUGCACGGACAAGAAGUUCAUGGAUGCGUACUUUGACGUGGUGCACCACCAGCACGAGGAGCGCGGCGUGGACUUUUGGUGGGUCGACUGGCAGCAAGGGAACCAGUCGAAGAUUCCCGGCGUGGACCCCCUCUGGGUGCUCAACCACUUCCACUUCCUCGACAGCGGGCGCGGCCAGCAAAGACCGCUGAUCUUGUCGCGCUUUGGCGGGCCCGGCGCGCAGCGGUACCAGAUUGGCUUCUCGGGAGACGCCAUCAUCACGUGGGACUCGCUGCAUUUCCAGCCAGAGUUCACGGCGACGGCGUCGAACAUCGGGUAUGGCUGGUGGAGCAACGAUAUCGGGGGGCAUACACAUGGCUACAAGGACGACGAGCUGUACACGCGCUGGGUGCAGCUGGGCUGCUACUCGCCCAUCCUGCGCCUGCACUCGGACAACAACCCCUUCAACACCAGAGAACCAUGGCGCUUCACCGAAGAAGCUCGCCUCAUCGUGGAAGACACACUGCGCUUCCGCCACCGCCUGAUCCCGUACCUGUACACGAUGAACGCGCGCUCGGCGUCCGACGACGAACCCCUAAUCCAGCCAAUGUACUGGGACCACCCGGAAGUCGACGAAGCCUACACCGUGCCCAACCAAUUCCGCUUCGGCAGCGAGCUCAUCGUCGCGCCCAUCACCCAGCCCCGCGACCAAACCACGCACCUCGGCGCGACAAAGGCCUGGCUGCCCGCCGGCCGCUACGUCGACAUCUUCACGGGUAUCGUGUAUAACCGCAAGGGCGAGCUGCGCAUCCACCGACCACUAGAUCUCGUCCCCGUCCUCGCACCCGAGGGCGCCAUCGUCCCGCUCGACGGCGCGUGGCGCCCCAAGAGCGGCUCCCCCAACCCCGAGAGUCUGGAGAUCCUGCUCGUCGUCGGCGCAGACGGGUCCUUCACGCCGAUCGAAGACAAUGGCACAGGGACAUCCGUCGACGACGGCGGCUUCCACAUGAUCUGCGACGACGACGCGGAGAGCGCCUCAUCCGACGAAACAGUCCGCUUCAGCUAUACCCCCAUCGUGUACAAGCAGACCACCGGCGUUCUGAAAAUCGGCCCCACCGCCCCAACAGACCCGUCCAUCCCGUCCUCCCGCACCUGGAAGAUCCGCCUCGUCGCGCACACGCCGCGCGCCGACACGCAAAUCCGGUGCAUCACGACGUCGCCGUCGACGAAGCGCCACGCCAAGCCGCUGCCGUUCAGCACCGCGCGCGACGCGACGGGCACGCUCGUCACGCUCGGCCCCGUGCCCGCGGACCAUACGUGCAUUCUGGAGUUUGGCGCGGCGCCGCAGCUCGACGUCGUGGACCCGAAUGUGCGCAUCUGGGAGGUUAUCGACAGGGCGUGGAUCGAUAUGGAUCGCAAGUGGGAUGUGUGGAAUUGCGUGAAUAACGGCGAGCCGGUGCUGAAUAAGGUGCGGGCGCUGCAGAAUAGGGGGUUGAAGGCUGAGCUGCUGGAUGCGUUGUUGGAGUUGCUGCUUGCGGAUGAGCGGUAUGGGGGGAAGGAUGUUGAUGAUGUUGAUUUUGAGUGA